AUGCCCGCACCAUCCUCCCCCGGGUGCCCGACCCCCUACAGCCGCGGCCUGGGCGAGGCCCCUAACCGGUCCGGGUGCUCGGGCUUUCACCCCUGGGUGCCCGGCCUCCCCUGGCCCGAGGGUGCACCCCCACUGACCGGUCCGGCUGCCCGGACCCUCCACCACCGGGUGCCCGGCCCUCCCUGGCGCCUCUUCCUCCGGGUUCCCGGGCCACUUUACCUCGGGUGCCCGGACUCCUCCGACUGCGCGCAUUUUGGGCAAAUUGACCCUUGCCAGCUAUACCAGAGAUGCCCACCCGACGCCUUAUCCUCGCGGUGUACUCCCUUCCCUAUCGUGAACCCAGUUUACCCUUGUCGAAAAAAAGGAGAACACUUUACCCUUGUCGUUUGCGCACCGGAGAUUGGAAGUAGCAGCAGCCGGACGAGGCGAUCCAGUAUGGGGGACACGUAUGUCACCGACGUUGCCCUCGGGGAGGAGGUGAUCACCACCACCGUGACGUUCUCCGGCGCGGCCGUGGAGGACUGGGUCGAGGAGGUGUACUCCACGUACGCCGGCUGCCCCAACCAAAUCCUCGUCGGGCUCGACGUCGAGUGGCGUCCCAGCUACAGCCGCGUGCAGAACCCCGCCGCGCUCCUGCAGCUCUGCAUUGACCAGCGCUGCCUCAUCUUCCAGCUCCUCCACGCCGACUACAUCCCUGACGCCCUGUCGGGCUUCCUCAUGGACAACCAGUUCUUGUUCGUCGGCGUCGGCGUGGCCGCGGACGCCAAUCGCCUGGCCCAGGACUACGACCUGCAGGUGCUCAAUCUGGAGGACCUGCGCGGCGUCGCGGCCGAAAAGAUGGGCAUCCCGGAGCUCCGCCAGGCUGGGCUGAAAGACCUGGCGCGCGAAGUCUUGGGGGUUACCAUCGAGAAGCCACGGCGGAUUACGAUGGGCCCGUGGGACGCCUGCUGCCUCUCCGACGAGCAGGUCCACUACGCCUGCACCGAUGCCUACGUCUCCUCGCAGAUCGGAUUGGAGCUGUUCACCGGAAACUACUAGCGAUCGAUCGAGGUGAUGCCGUGGCGAGCCCUGCAAACUUGCAUACGAAACUCGGUCCCUAGUGUGUUUGGUUUAGUUUUUGCAGCAUUUUGUUCUUAUUCUCCUAGUGUUAAUUGCUUAUGUCGCGUACUAGCUUAAGCUUCAGAGCAGGGAAAAGGUUGUCAACAUGUUCUGUAGCGGUCUGCUACAGUUUUGAUAUGUGUGCAGCAGUGCAUGUGAUGCUUGCCAACGGGGACCGAAUGUUCCAAAAUUGUAGUGCUUAUUAUGACACACUCUAUUUGAAGUUGCUGAUUCUCUGCUGGAAGAAUUAGACA